CUGCAGGUCUCUUGGAGCCUAUUACUUCCUACUGAAUGGGCCAUCUACACCGUAGCACCUAUCAAAUGUCUUUUUGUCCUUACUUACCACCAUUGGCGCAAGCCUCAUGUUCUCCUAUUCUGCUGUUUUGACAUCAAUCUGCUGUUUCUGUUUCCCCCUUGAAUAUUCUUUUUUAGUUCGAUGCCCCGUUCUUCCCAUAUCAUGUCAUGAAAUGUACAUAUCUACUUUAUAUGCUUCUCUCUGUUCUCUCGUGCUGAAACGGGAAGGUUUUCUUUUCUUCAAUCACACAUCCACGCGCACCCAUAUAUUGUCAAAGUCCCAAUUUUUGAAGUUACUGUUUGUCCAUAGUUGCAUGGGAUGUUCUAGUUAUGUGAAGUACACCUGUACUUGGUUAAAAUAAUACUAUCUAUCUGGUCGGUAAUUUCCAGUUCACGGGCAAUGGUGAAGGC